CUCUGCAGCUGCCAGAAGCCAGCUGUGGGUGGCUGGCUGGCUGCUGGGGGGAGAGGGCGGCUCUUCUGGCGCACGAGGCGGCGAAGGGACGGAGAGGAAGCGGCGCCUGGUCGCCCCGUUUGGCCCCCGCGCCCUCGAGCGGAUCUGGGGCCCCCGCGCAGCGCGUGCGGCUGAGCGCUUCUCCUUUUGCAAGCUUUUUGUUUUCUGCACUUGGUGGUUUCCUGCUCCGCUGCUGCCCGCGAAGACUUCGAGCAGGAAGAGGCGAAGGAAACUUUCGCAGGACGCCAAACAGAGCGGCGAUGGCGCAGUUCCCGCGGCGAGCUUGCCUGCUGGCUGCAGCCCUGGCGGUGACCCUCCGAGCAGCCUGGGCCGGGGUACCCACCCUACACAUCAGUACCCAGGAGGGUCCUUUUCUCGAGGGCAGCAACGUGACUAUGGAGUGCCUGACGGAUGAAGAAGGCGAGGAUUUAAGUGGAUUCUUCUUCCAGAAGUACAACAAGUGGCUGCACACCUGGAUCUCUCUGGACUCCGAGACUCAACUGCGCUGCUGGUUUUAUGACGUCUCUGUGAGCCACGAAGAGGGGCGCCUCCUGCUGAGCAUCAGCAACCUGAGAUCCUGGCACACCGGGCCCUACCGCUGUGCCAGUUCCAAUGCCACCGGCAACGCUUCCACCUCCACAGCACAGGAUCUACAAGUGGAAUAUCUUCACAACAUCUUCCUGACUCGUUCAAAUACCUGGUGUGGAACCAUUGGAGACACCAUCACAGUGCUUGAAGGUGCCGACCUGGAACUUCUCUGUUCGGCAGACGCCUCGAAGGACCCGAUCUAUGAGUGGACCCGGGAGGGCGACGAUUGGGUUGUGGCGUCCAACUCCCUAACUCUCCCCAAGGUGAACCGGAAGCAAGCAGGAACCUAUAACUGCCAGGCCCGGCACCCCACUUUGCCCCAGCUGACCAAAACCAAGUCGUUGCGCCUGUUUGUGGAGGGGAGCGAGCGUGGCUUUACACUCCAAUCCGUGCUGACGCAAAGCACCCCGAUGCUGGCCCUAGCAGUGGCCGUGCCAGCGGUGCUGCUACUACUGGUGGUCCUUGUGUUUGCCAUCCUGAUCCCCCGCCACCGGGCACUUGCCAAGAAGAAAGCUGCCCCGGAAGAUUCUGGCCAGCGUACUCCCAUCUAUAAAGGGAGCCUGGAAUCCGUGCCGUCUGCGGUUGGGGAUACACACCCUCUUGUGCUGUAAUCGGGAUGCACAGGGUGAAACGGAGAUUUUGUUUUGUUUUUGUCUUGGUGUCGCUUCCAAGAUCCGGUUUCUUCUGAAACGAUGGGUUGGCAUUGUCAGCAAUACACAGCGACUGCUUCUUUUCACCUGUGCGCGCAACUGGGCUUUUGUACCUUGGUUGGAGGAGGAGAGAGGAACUCUCGGGGUCAAUGGUGGGCGGGGAGGAGGCUGGGGUCAGAUUCUAUUUGCCUGCCGGUUCGCCAUUUCACUUUGCAAGGGUGAAAUUUUUUUUUACUUUCCGCACUCAGAUCUUCCUUUGGAUGGGGGCCUGUCCUCAAAGUAUUAACCCUUUCCUGUUCAGAUUUUAAAACGUUGACUUGUGUAAAGAACCAAAACUCAAGGGAGAGAGAGCGCCAGAAGACCUUCACACUGGAACGUAUUCUUGCUGUAAUUAUUUUUGGCUGGCGUAAGAGGAAAAUUGGUAGUAAAGAGUUAAAACUCUCCAAAA